GCCAAUCCGCCGCUCGCACCGCACCGUCCUCCUACGGCUGGAUUCCGGUUUAACGUUACCGCCCAGUCGUACACAGGGAGGACUACACGAAAAGAACAAUGGGAGUCGAUAUUGAGACCAUUAGACCUGGAGACGGUAGGACUUUUCCCAAGCGAGGAUGUACCGUCACUGUCCACUACGUCGGCACGCUGACAAAUGGAAAGAAAUUUGACUCAUCCAGGGACAGGGGAGAGCCCUUCCAGUUCAAUCUGGGAAAGGGUGAAGUUAUUCGUGGUUGGGAUGAGGGUGUAGCUCAGAUGAGCGUGGGCCAAGUGGCCAGGUUGAUCUGCUCACCAGACUACGCGUAUGGACCCAGGGGAUACCCGCCCACUAUCCCGGCAAAUGCCGUUCUCGUCUUUGAAGUGGAGCUUCUCCAUUGCUGAGUGUUUAAGCUAAAGGUUCCUCACCAGAGUUUGUCUUUCAUUCCACCCACAUUUCAGACGCACAUAGCUUUAGUUUGAUUGAAGGUGCUGUCAUAAGCAUUUACCAACAAUAAAUUUUUUGUAGAAAUAUUUCUAAUAUGGUAUAAUUAAAAUAAAUGGAAAACAUAUGAGACCUUGCUAAUUUCAGUGGUAAUGUUGGAUCCACUGUCUUACAUAUCGUUAGAUGAGAAGAUUGUUAAUGCUCACAAAUGCCUGCCAGCAUCUAUAGACUAGGUGGCGUCAAUCUUAUCAUCCUACUCGGCGGCAAAAUAUCGUUUUUGAAAUGUCAUCUAAAAAUCCAACGUGUUUCAGGUUAUUUGCCAAAUUGUAAACUGUAAAUUAUUCAUCUUAAUGUUAUCAGAAUUGUAUCUUCAGAGAAUUGCUACACAGGACCUCUUCAAGAGUUAUUUGUGCUUCACUUUUACAUAUGCCUAUAGAAUGUUUAGCCAUUCUUUAACAAUGUAUGAUAAAUAGGAUAAGAACAAACAAGCCUGAACCAGUGGAGCUGAUUGCACGUUUGAGGGCCACCAAUCCAUGUCUUCAUAGGUUCAUACCAGCUAAGGUGGUAAUGACUUAUGUCAAAAGUGCGCAUGUAACACCUUUACUGAAGUGUUUUUUUUUCUAGCAUGAAUUUCACAACCAUAAAUGCAUUACGAGCUUAAAAACUCUGACACAAUGUAAAGACACACUUUGUAUGUUUGGAAACAACAGCUUAUGAUUUUAAAUGAUUUUUCAUCAGUGCUUUUGUUGGCAAUCGUAGAAUUUGGGAAAAAACACGUAGAAACCCAUUCCCUACAUAAUAUCUAGAGACUUUUGUUGAGUUGUAGGCCUGAAGUGCUCUUGUAUUAUGAUCUAUUGUGCAGCCUUCUUCCCCAUUAAUGGUUUAUUCCUUCACUUUGUCAUUCGUGUGGAAUUGUCAUCACUUGAUAUUGCAUUUCUUGCAUUAAAAUCGGACCAUAUACAUAA